AUGGAGAUCCCGGCCAAAUUGCCCUUCUCCAAGCGGCGGCUGCGCCCGCGUGUUGUGCUCUCAUACAUCUUCGACUACGUGAUCCUCAUCGCCUGCGUUAUCGGCUUCUGGAUCCUCGACUCUAUCGAACCUUUCCACCAGCACUUUUCCCUCACCAACAUCUCCCUCCAAUACCCCUACGCCGUCCACGAACGCAUCCCUAUCGCCUACGCCCUCUGCAUCUCCGGUGCCUUUCCCCUCGUCCUCAUUAUCGUCUACACCCUCUUCCUCGAUGGCCUGUUCUCCCACCAUAAACCGCAGGACCCUAUCUCCGGGAAGCGCAAGCUGCGCGGUCCCUGGCGCUGGAAGGAUCGCUUGUGGGAGAUGAAUUGUGGUAUACUGGGACUACUCCUAUCGCAGGGAUUUGCCUUUGUGAUUACACAGGUCCUGAAGAAUGCCUGCGGCAAGCCCAGACCCGAUCUGAUCGACCGCUGCCAGCCACGGCCUGGGAGUGCCGAUUUGACGCCGUACGGGUUGUCAAAUUCUACAAUCUGUACUGGCGAGGCGGCGCUGAUCAAGGAUGGGUUCCGGUCGUGGCCUUCGGGCCAUAGUAGCUCCUCCUUCGCCGGAUUAUUCUACACGUCGCUGUGGCUGGGUGGAAAGCUCCAUAUAAUGGACAACCGUGGUGAGAGUUGGAAGACACUGCUCGUCAUGGUGCCGAUCCUUGCAGCAACCCUCGUCGCCGUGUCUCGCAUUAUGGACGCCCGGCACCACCCUUUCGACGUCAUCACCGGCUCGUUACUAGGUGUUGUCUGCGCCAUUGUGUCCUAUCACCAGUACUUUCCUCCGCUCGCCGAGGCCUGGCGCAAGGGCCGCGCAUACCCAAUCCGUACUUGGGGCUCUGAGCCCGCCCACCCCGUGCACGGGAAGAUGGAUUCGGAGAGUGAAGGCACAGCUCCGCUGCGCGAUCUCGACUCGAAUCGAUUGAAUUUCCGAGGUCUUCGCGAACCGUCAGAGUCCCCCAACUUACCAGUCUCCGCAGCGUCGGGGUACGGUGGUAACCCUUACGCACCUUCAGCGUACCACCGUCGCUCGCACGACCAUGACCCGGAUGGAAACUGGUCCUCUAGCGAGGACGACGUGGGUAACGGAUAUGAGAUGCAGCAGGGUUAUGCGAGAACUGCGAAUCCUGCUACUAGAGGCUAUUCCCCACCGUUUGACACCAAUACGGCAUACGCUUCUCAGACUCAGGUAUCACCGGCGGGUAUCCAUCGCCCGCCGGAGGUGGUUGUAAGCCGUUCCGACCGUGGGCGGCGGUCGUCUGACGUACAGGUUGGGCAUGCGUAG